AUGUCUGAUAACGUUCAUUCUUCAAGUAACGAAGGCGAUUCCAUCGUGAUGAUGCAUGAUAUAGGACGAAUCUUCAAUGAUAUUAUGUUAUCUCGAAGAUUUACAAGUUGGGACAAUUUUGAGACCUGUUUGAAAGAAGUACAUAAGUAUACGCAUACUAAGUACGUUAUGUCAGUAUGCAAAAAGAACAGUGAUGAUUCAACUCUAAAGUACUUUUUCGUGAGAUAUGUCUGUACAAAUGGACGUAAACGCAGUUCGUCAGAGUCAGAUGCUUGCGUUCAAGAUGUAGAUGAUGAUAGUAAUAAUCAUUCUUCUGAAGAGCAUACAACUUCUAACUCGCCAACACAACCUAGGUAA